UGAUGAUCAUGAGCAUUAGCUCCAGACCUUCUGGCACCUAAGGAUUGAUCACCAUCAACCAAUCAGAGAACUGUGCACGAGCUGAUCACAUACCCUGGGACGCCCCUCCCUCACCUGGCCCUUACAAAGGCUUUGCUACAAUCCUUUGGAGUGGUCUGGGUUUUUGGACACGAGCUACCUAUUCUUGCUUCACCCUGCAAUACACCUUUCUCUGCUCCCAACUCAGACGUUUCAGUAUCAUUUGGCCUCACUGUGCGUCAGGCACAUGAACUUGCAUUUUGUAACUUAAAUAGUUCUAUGAACAGCAUCUCCUAUCUUGGGGGUAUUUUCCAAGCUAAAACAGAAUGAACCUCGCUAACAAUUAAGCAGGCGUCCUCUGUGUUAGCUCACACCGGAUCUCUGGGGCACGUGUGCUGAUUUCUGCACUUGUAACUCUUGGCACCUUCUCUGGGCGAGAGGCUGAUUUAUGUCCAUCACUCAAGCUAGGGCCCAACACCAGGCACGUGGUACGUGCUCAAGGCUAAUGGAAGAAAGCUUUGGACGCUUUAGGCUUCCAAGGGACAGAAAAGCAGCAUGCCUGAAAAAUAAGUUUUUCUGGAUUCUAACCCGUGUUAAUUCACUUUGAGGCAAAGGCAGAUUUUGCCCCUCUACUGAGCCCAGGAUUUUCUUUUUCCCUCCCAAGGCUCCUGAAUACACCUUAAAAGGAAGAUGGAGCGUAAAUCCGGCCAAGGAGUGGCUGCCAUUCACUUGGGAGGCCUUGGUGCUUUCUGCCCUUUGUCCGCCCGCUAACCUCUGCCAGCCCCGGGCCCCGCGCUGUCCUGUGAAGCCGUGAGCCUGAGCUUUUAGGAGGAGGGGGCGGGGGGUACUGAAAAGCGGCGGAACCAAAGGCGAGGGAGCCGCGCUGCCGGGGGGAAGGAGGAGCCACGGGACCGGCAGGCCUAGCUCCGAAGCGGCGGCGGCGGCGGCGGCGGCGGCGUGGGGAUGGAGGCCCUGCGGGUCCUGGAGCUGUACAGCGGCAUUGGGGGUAUGCACCAGGCGCUGAGAGAAAGCUGUGUACCUGCACAAGUGGUGGCUGCCGUUGAUGUAAACACUGUCGCUAACGAAGUAUACAAGUAUAAUUUCCCUCACACACCGUUACUGGCCAAGACAAUUGAAGGUAUUACACUAGAAGAGUUUGACAGAUUAUCUUUCAAUAUGAUUUUAAUGAGCCCUCCCUGUCAGCCAUUCACAAGAAUUGGCCUGCAAGGUGAUAUGACUGAUCCAAGGACAAAUAGCUUCUUAUAUAUUCUAGACAUUCUCCCAAGGUUACAAAAAUUACCGAAGUAUAUUCUUUUAGAAAACGUUAAAGGUUUUGAAGUAUCUUCUACAAGAGACCUGUUAAUACAAACAAUAGGAAAUUGUGGCUUUCAGUACCAAGAAUUUCUGUUGUCUCCAACCUCUCAACCAACUUCCCUGUUUUACUUGCAGCUUGGCAUUCCAAAUUCAAGGCUACGGUAUUUCCUUAUUGCAAAGCUUCAGUCAGUGCCGUUCCCUUUUCAAGCCCCUGGUCAGGUACUGAUGGAGUUCCCCCAAACUGAAUCUGAACAUCCACAAAAACAUGCGAUAGAUGCAGAAAAGAAAAUUGAAGAAAAGAAAAUUGAGCCAAAUAUAUGCUUUGAUAGCAGCACACAGUGUUCUGGAAAAGAGGCCAUUCUUUUUAAGCUUGAAACUGCAGGAGAAAUUGACAGGAAACAUCAACAGGACAGUGAUCUCUCUGUGCGAAUGCUGAGAGAUUUUCUAGAAGACGACAUUGACAUGAAUUCAUACUUUUUACCACCAAAGUCAUUGCUGCGAUAUGCUCUUUUGUUAGACAUUGUUAAGCCCACAUCCAGAAGGUCCACAUGCUUUACGAAAGGUUAUGGACGCUACAUAGAAGGGACAGGAUCUGUGCUGCAGACCACAGAGGAUGUGCAGAUUGAGACUAUCUACAAAUCCCUUACCAAUUUGUCACAAGAAGAAAAGAUAACAAGAUUGUUAAUGCUUCAACUUCGAUUUUUCACUCCUAAAGAAAUAGCAAAUCUCCUUGGAUUUCCUCCAGAGUUCGGAUUUCCUGAGAAGAUAACAGUCAAACAGCGUUAUCGUCUACUUGGAAAUAGUCUCAAUGUGCAAGUAGUAGCUCAACUAAUCAAAAUCCUAUGUGAAUAAUUUUUAAGUAACUCUGAAAGAUGGUGGCAGUAUUCCAUUAUAUCCAGAUAAUAAUUCUGAAAUUCUUUUUUGAAUUAAUAUUGACAAAAUUCAACUAAAUUAUCUUAUUCUCUCGUUAAUAAGAAUUUGGAUUUAUCAGGAAAAUGCCAUUUUGUUUCUUUAAAUUUAUAUUACUGUGUUUUGUAAGGUGAAAAUUAUUGUUAUGCUUUAGGAGAAUAUCUUUUUAUAUGAAAUUGUUAAAUAUAUAUGUAAAAUAUUACCUUUAUAAUAUUAUGGUAUAGACAAAUUUAGGAACAUUAGAAUUUUAAUAUCUACAUGAAUAUUUUGUAAAGUGUCAUAACAGGCGUACUAUAUGAACUUGAGAAACUGUAUAUUGUGUAUGUUAAUUAAAGAAGUUGCUUUA